CCAGCGGCCAGCGGCGGACCCGGGGCACCUCGGCCAGCAGCGUGGUGCCCUCGGUUCCCCAGCAUGGCCCCCUCGGCCUGGGCCAUCUGCUGCCUCCUGGGGGGCCUCCUGCUCCACGGGGGCAGCCCCACCCCUGGCCCCAGCGUGCCCCGCCUGCGGCUCUCCUACCGAGAUCUCCUGUCUGCCAACCGUUCAGCUGUCUUUCUGGGUCCCCGGGGCUCCCUGGACCUUCGGGCCAUGUACCUGGAUGAGUACCGGGACCGCCUUUUUCUGGGGGGCCGUGAUGCCAUCUACUCUCUGCGGCUAGACCAGUCGUGGCCGGAUCCCCGGGAGGUCCAGUGGCCACCGCAGCCAGGACAGAAGGAGGAGUGUGUUCGCAAGGGAAGAGAUCCUUUGGUGGAGUGUGCCAACUUCGUACGGGUGCUGCAGCCCCACAACCGGACCCACCUGCUGGCGUGCGGCACUGGGGCCUUUCAGCCCACCUGUGCCCUCAUCACGGUCGGGCACCGUGGGGAGCAUGUGCUCCACCUUGAGCCCAGCAGUGUGGAAAGUGGGCGGGGGCGGUGCCCACAUGAGCCCAGCAGUCCCUUCGCCAGCACCUCUGUAGGUGGGGAGCUGUACACGGGCCUCACGGCUGACUUCCUGGGGCGCGAGGCCAUGAUCUUCCGGAGUGGGGGUCCCCGGCCAGCUUUGCGUUCUGACUCUGACCAGAACCUCCUACAUGACCCACGGUUUGUGAUGGCCGCCCGCAUUGCUGACAACUCUGACCAGGAUGAUGACAAGGUGUACUUCUUCUUCUCGGAAACUGUGCCCUCACCCGAUGGUGGCCCAGGCCGUGUCACCGUCAGCCGCGUCGGCCGUGUCUGCGUGAAUGACCUCGGUGGCCAGCGCGUGCUGGUGAGCAAAUGGAGCACUUUCCUCAAGGCCAGGCUGGUGUGCUCGGUGCCUGGCCCUGGUGGUGCCGAGACCCACUUUGACCAGCUGGAGGACGUGUUCCUGCUGUGGCCCAGCUCAGGGAAGACCCUCGAGGUGUAUGCUCUGUUUAGCACAGUCAGUGCCGUGUUCCAGGGAUUCGCUGUCUGCGUGUACCACAUGGAGGAUAUCUGGGAGGUCUUCAAGGGGCCCUUUGCCCACCAAGAUGGUCCCCAGCACCAGUGGGGACCCUAUGGGGGCAAGGUGCCCUUCCCUCGGCCUGGAGUGUGCCCCAGCAAGAUGACAGCACAGCCAGGACGACCCUUUGGCAGCACCAAGAACUAUCCAGAUGAGGUGCUGCAAUUUGCCCGAGCCCACCCACUUAUGUUCUGGCCCGUGCGGCCACGGCGGGGCCGCCCCGUGCUUGUCAAAACGCAUCUGGCCCAGCAGUUGCACCAGAUCGUGGUGGACCGUGUGGAGGCGGAGGACGGGACCUACGACGUCAUCUUCCUGGGGACUGACUCAGGCUCCGUGCUCAAGGUCAUCGCUCUCCAGGGUGGGGGCUCCACUGAGUCUGAGGAGGUGGUAUUGGAGGAGCUCCAGGUGUUUAAGGUGCCAACACCCAUCACCGAGAUGGAGAUCUCUGUCAAAAGGCAAACGCUGUACGUGGGCUCGAGACUAGGCGUGGCCCGGCUGCGGCUGCACCAGUGUGAAACUUACGGCAGUGCCUGUGCUGAGUGCUGCCUGGCCCGAGACCCAUACUGUGCCUGGGACGGUGCCUCCUGUGCCCGCUACAGGCCUGGCCCUGGCAAGCGCCGGUUCCGCAGGCAGGACAUCCGGCACGGCAACCCUGCCCUGCAGUGUCUGGCUGAGAGCCAGGAAGAGGAGGCUGCAGGCUCCGCAGCAGCCAUCACGGUCUACGGCACGGAGCACAACAGCACCUUCCUGGAGUGCCUGCCCAAGUCUUCCCAGGCGGCCGUGCACUGGUUCGUGCAGAGGCCAGGGGGCCAGGGGCCUGACCAGGUCAAGACAGAUGAGCGGGUGCUGCAGACAGAGCAGGGGCUGUUAUUCCGCAGACUCAGCCACCUGGACGCCGGCACCUACACCUGCAAGACACUGGAGCAUGGCUUCUCCCAGACCGUGGUCCGCCUGGCUCUGGAGGUGAUCGCGGCCUCACAGCUCCACGGCCUGUUUCCCCGGGAGCCGAGGCCGGAGGAGCCCCCAGCGCGGGGGGGCCUGGCCUCUGCCCGCUCCAAGGCCUGGUAUAAGGACAUCCUGCAGCUCAUCGGCUUUGCCGACCUGCCGCGGGUAGACGAGUACUGCGAGCGCGUGUGGUGCUCCUCCAGGAGCCGGGGCAAACAGGCCAAGGGCAAGAGCUGGCCGGGGCCGGAGCUGGGCAAGAAGGUGAAGAGCCGGGUGCAGGCCGAGCGCAAUCGGACACCCCGGGAGGUGGAGGCCGCAUAGAAGAGCAUAGAGCAGAGGGUGGUCGGGAGGGACCGGGUGGCCCAGCAGCCCCCAGAGUCUCCCACCCACCCAGCGAGGGCAGAGGGGGGCCCGCAUGCCCAACUGCCUCUUAGAGAUAGAGGAGUCUCUGCCCCCCGAAAUUCUACCAGGCUGCCCCCAGGAAAGGCUGGGGUCCGAUGGAGCGCCCCGUGUCCGAGGCCUGUUCCCUGCCCCUCUGUGCUCCCAGUCCUAGCUGGAGCCAGCCUCCCUCUGGCUGCUGCCAAGCCCAGUGGACCUGCUGUUUGUUCUCAGAUAUGGCCCCCAGAGCACAUUUCCGGUUGUGCCCGGUGGUGAGAGGGCUGGGUGGGUCUUUCCCAGCAGGCAGAACAAUGGCCAUUCUGAGUGACCCUUGGAGUGGUUGUGUGGGUGUGUCCGAGGAGGUGCCUGGGUGGGGGGCCCUUAGGCAGUGGGAGGAAGAUGGAAGUUGCCUCCCAGGUAGCACCCGUUUAAGGGGA